UAUAUAAGCCUGGUGACUUCUGUCCCUGCUGCUCUGUUUAAAUGCCACAGCAGAGUCCUGCUGUCAAAACACAGAGAGGGCAGCAACAAUAUGAUGGACCUUUUUGAGACCAAUCCUUAUCUUUUCAAUGAUUUGCGCUAUUUGGAAGAAGGGGAUCAUGGACCACUACAGCACUUGGACAUGUCCGGGGUGUCUCCUCUGUACAACGGCAACGACAGCCCUCUGUCCCCGGGUCAGGAUAAUAUUCCAUCCGAGACCGGAGGGGAGAGCAGCGGGGAGGAGCACGUCCUUGCCCCUCCGGGUCUCCGUGCGCACUGCGAGGGCCAGUGUCUCAUGUGGGCCUGCAAGAUCUGCAAGAGGAAGUCAGCGCCCACGGACAGACGCAAAGCGGCCACCCUCAGGGAGAGGAGGAGGCUUAAGAAGAUCAACGAGGCCUUCGACGUGCUGAAGAGGAAGACCGUGGCCAACCCGAACCAGAGGCUACCCAAGGUGGAGAUUUUACGCAGCGCCAUCAGCUACAUCGAGCGGUUACAGGACCUACUGCAGACGCUGGACGAGGAGGAGAAGACGCAGAACGCACCAUCACGCAACUUUAACGGCAAAGAUCACAGUGUGGCCGGUCAUGAGUACCACUGGAAAAAGUCUUCGGAGACCUGGUCGACCUCUGCUGACCAUUCCACUGCGGCAGUGAUAAACGACAGAGAAGGAGCCGGAGAGUCUUCUGCGUCCUCCAGCCUCCUGCGCCUGUCGUCCAUCGUGAACAGCAUCACCAACGACGAGAAGAUCAACUUCAGUGAGGACGCCUCGGAAAACUGAGACGACCCUGACGAGACAACAGUUUCAAAAAUGUAAACCUGUUGUUCAUCUCUAAAUUAUUUCCACUAUAUUCAGCCAGUCCGCCUUCGUUUGUACAGCAGGGGCAACGAAUUUGUACAUAUUUUAUAAGAAUGUGAUGUUGAAGAUUUAUUUAUUUUAUAUCCAGGAGCACAUUAACUCUUUUAAGAAAGCUGAUACUGUAUUUAAAUAUUUGUACAUAUCCGACCAAGGAAAUAAAAAUUGCUUCUUUUGCCAUAAA